GAUGGGAGUUGUAGGCCAACAGCUGCAGGAGGGCCGAAGUUGAGAAGCCCUGGAGGGAGAGGUUUCUUGGCGGGUGCAGGCAAGAGAGAACUACACUUCCCAGCAGUCCCUGCGACUCCCGGGGGCGCUUUGCGGCCGUGCUGCAAACGCCGUGCUCCUGCUUCGCGAAGGGGAGGUGGCUGCGCCGAGCAGGUCGCGUGGUGGUGGCGGCCGAAGGGACCCGCUGCUCGGAGCGCGAGCUGGGCGGCUGCUUCCGGCCGCCCGAGCAGCAUCAUGCGGGAGGGCUUGUUGGGCUGGCCCGGAGGUGCAGCAGCUGCCGCAAGGCCCACCACCGCCGGACACGCCUUGGGCUUCAUGGAUUUGGUGGCAGGCAUGGAAGUGGGGGCAGAAAUAGAAGUAACCGAAGACGGAGCUCUGGAGGAAUUGCCUCUGCACUUGGAAAACGCCAAGAACUGUCUCUCCUGGGAAUCUCUGGACAUCUCCAGCAGCGACGACGAUGGAGAAGCCUACUUCACCUUCUGCUUGCCCGUGAGACGCCCGCCCCGGCCCGCACAGCGCCUCCCGGCGGCACGGCCACAAGCCUCUCCCUCCGCCGUGAAGCCGCCCGCGGGCGAGAAGCGGCUCCCUCCCUUGUUCCCCUGUCCUUUGCGCCCUGGUGUCCCCGCAGGGCCUGGGAUCCCAACCUUUGAAGCGUACCAGUGCCAGAAGUGCCUGCAGGUGUUUAUGGAGGAGUGGCACUACAGCCAGCACCUCCAGGAUCACACCCAAGAGGAGGCGCAGCAGCGGGCGGCGCAGCCGCCAGCCCGGCCCCCUGCCCGGCCCCGCCGGCUGCGCUGCCUGGAGUGCGGCAAGCGGUUCCUCCGCCCGGAGCACUUUGCCCGGCACACCAAGUGGCACCUGAAGCUGGUCCGGAAAGGCAUCAAAGUCUGCCGCAAGAAGGGAAGCCGGCACUCCUCCCAGGUCUCCUACGUUUACAGGCCCCUCGGGGCCGCCGAAAACCAGCUCGCCGCCAGAGACCCCGUGGGCCUGCUGGCGGCCCAGGAGAGUCUGAAGCAGCCAAAGAGUCUCCAGCCGCCCAGGCUCCAGAAGGCGGGCAAGCGGAAGGCUGCCCGACACCCCAAAAAGCCGCCCGCUGGGAUCUCACAGGACGCCGGCCUGCUCAGCCCCGCUUAUCCGGGAAACUCCUUGGCCCUCCUGGACGGUGAGGUUGGCGUGAGUCUCCUGCAGCCGUGGCAGAAGAAACAGGAGGCCAUCUUGGAAGCGCAGAUGGCGGGGGGCCUCUUCCAGCCAGCCGUCAUUGGUGCCGAAAACCAGAUCAUCAUCCUGGACGACACGGAGGCAGAGGCCUGGCCUGUUGUGCCGGAACACCACUACGCGGAGGUCCAAGCCGCCAUCUUGGAUGGCCAGGUGAACAUGAAUGCCGCGAGGCCUCUCUUCUUCAGAGCGGAGGAGCAGGCAGCCAUAUUGGACACUCAGGUUAGCAUGGGUCCUGUGCAGUUUGGUGGCGUCAAGGAACAGGCUGCCGUCGCCUCUGGGUGGGUCGGCCAGAGCCCUUGCACCCUCUUCAGGACCAUGCUCCUGCAGACGGAGGAGCAAGCGGCCAUCUUGGACGGCCAGCUAGAGCCCGGUUCCCUCCAGCAAGUCUUCAUCAAGACUUCGGAGGCCUCCCCCACCCUGUUCUUGGAUCCAGAACCUCAUCUCUCUCCUCUGGACUCGGCGACCCAUUUUGUCCCAUUGCUCCAGGAACCGCAGUUUGUAACACUCCCGUAUGGGAACUCGUUGACCUUGGACCACACAGAGUCGCCGGAGGAAGGAGACAAAACUUGGGAGUCUCCGGCCACAGCCUUCCAAGUUCCGGGUUAUCUGCCUAACGUUUACCAACUGGGCAAGCAGCCGUCUCCCACGGCGUCCACCAGCCCUUCGCCCAAAGGCCCCAUGGUUGUCCGCCUGGUCCCCUGUGCCUCUGGGGACCACCCGGAGGUCCUAGACCUGGAGUACGACAUGGGGGGCGGCAUUCCAGUGGCCUCCGAGCCAUGGGAGGCUAGCGUGGGGACAGGCCAGGAGGCCUUCAGCACCGAGGAGGCCACGGAGGACAACUUCUUUGUGGUGGAGGUGGACCCGGAUGCCGGCGGCUCGCGGCUGGUGGCGGACCACACCCAGGCCGGCUCGAGAGAACAGGCCUGCCCCCGACGGACUCUCAGGCGUGCCCCCCGGAGGAACAGGGUCCGGCGCUUCAAGUGCCCGGACUGCGGCGUGCGCUACAGCCGCCUGUCGCAGCUGCGCUCGCACCAGAAGGGCCCGAAGCGCCGCGGGCGGAGCUGCCUGUGCGAGUGCGGGGCGUCGUUCCGGGGCCUGCUCCACCUCCUGCGGCACCAGCUCCAGCACCUGGAGGAAGCGCUCUUUAUCUGCGCCACCUGUGGGAAGUCCCUCAAGGGGCACCGGGGCCUGGCCCGGCACGGUUCCUGCCACCCGGGGCCGGCCCAUUUCGGCUGCCCCUGCGGGGUCAGCUUCCAGCGCUUGUCCCGUUACCUCUGGCACCACGUGAGGAGCCAGCGGCCCGGCCUCCGGGUGUACACACUCUCGGGCUUCCUCCCCGCGCGCUGACAGGCCUGCUGAGGUGACUGAGGUGGCAAAAUGCACAGCGCCCCUGGUUCCGAGCAGUGUUGUUCCCUCGAAAUUCCCCGAUGUUGUUGGACUACAACUCCCAGAAUCCCCCAGCAAAAGCCCGUGGCAGCUGGGGAUUCUGGGAGUCGUAGUCCACAACAACUGGGAAUUCCUGUUAGAGGGAACCCUGGUUCAGAGUGGAUGGGACUCGAGGCUGCAAGGCAGGUCUACUCAACUUAGGGCCCCCCCAGCUGUUUCUGGACUACAACUCCCAUAAUCCCCAACCACAGUGGUCAAUAGCCAGGGAUGAUGGGAGUUGUAGGCCAACAUCUGCAGGAGGGCCACAGUUGAGCAGCUUUGCUGCAAGGCCUUUUCCUUCUAGAGAGUAUUAGCCCGGAAUGGUUUACUGGUUGUGAAGCCUAACUCAAGGGUCCUCGCGCUUGGGUCUCCAGAUCUUCAUGAUGAUGGUGGAAUACAACUCCCAGCAUCUCUCGGCAAGGGGGUGAUGGGGUUUGUAUUCCAACAUCAUCUGGGGACCCAAGUCUGAGAAUCCCUGGCUUAACUGAUUUCUGUUGGGAUGUAUGUUUUGGUUUUUUUGCCAGUGUAAUUAUGACAGUGGUAAUUAAAAAGCAGAGAUGCUGAAACCUCAA